CCAGUCUCUCAUUCUGUCUGUGGCAUUUGUCAAAGUACUUGCCUAGCCUUAGCCAGCCAGAGUGAAAACCAAAAGCUAAGCUAACGUUGUUUGCCUGAACUAAUCUAAUAACACUAGCUAACAUACAAAAUGACACCGGAAAUAAAUGCUACACCACCAUCAGUUUCGUGGGCACAGAGGAGUGCUCAUGUAUUUUUGACAUUUAAUGUAGAAUGUGAGAAACCAGAUAUUGUAAUUGCUAAAAAAUCUGUCUCAUUUGAAGGCACUUGCACGCCGGAUCAAAAGUUACAUAAGGUUUUCAUACCAUUAUACUCUGAAAUAGACCCAGACAAAAGUUCAUACACAAACAAAGGAAGGUUAAUUGAAGUAGUUUUGGCAAAAGCAAAAACUGAUGAACCUUUUUGGCCAGCCUUAACCAGCGAUAAAAAGAAACAUCACUGGCUCAAGGUGGACUUCAACCGUUGGCAAGAUGAGGAUGAGAGUGGAGAUGAGUUUGAUGACAUGAAUGACAUGUUCUCCAGCAAGUUACCAAACUUUGGUGAUGAAAACGACAAAGGGGCCAGCAGCUCGUCUGAUGAAGAUGAUCUGCCAGAUAUAGAAUAAACGAUCUCGAGUAUUAUAUAGCCAAAAAAAUUUAAAUAGCCUUAGAAAUUUUGUAAUUAUGGACAAUAUUUGUGCUUUUAUACAAGGAAUAGUGUGGUAGUGGUACCCCCUAAACAUUUUACAUAAAAUAAGGGCAAAAGGUCUGUAUUCAGUUUCUACUAAUGAUGUACCUAACUAAUACUAAUUUAAUUUAGAGUUAAUCAAAUUCAAUUUAUGUUUAU